AUGCUAGCUGUUGCUGAGGAGCGUACAAUUGUAGUGGUUGAUUCGUCUUUGGUGAUGACAACGAUUGCACCUCCGGUAAGUCCUCCUGGUGGUGGCAGUGAGGUUGGUCGCCCUAAGAACUUGGUGGAAUCAUUGGGGAAGACACUUUUAAUUGAUAGAUGUCCAAAGUACAAUGAAGCAAGGCCGUUAUAUUUCUUUCGGGUUCAAGGUUUACAAGCUGAAAGCAGUUGA